ACGUUCCAACGUCAUCGCCCGGCAAUCAACACAACAGAGAGACACACACACACAGACACAAAGCUGCAGCCAGCAAACUUCAGGAGAAUGGACAGCACACAUGAGGAGCACAGCAUGAAGCCCUGAGACUGUAUAGAAAUUAUUUAAAGCCUGGCUGAGACAGAAAUGGGUCGAGCUCUGGAGGAAAUGGGUAAAGUUGGCCGUCCUGCUAGCCUGGCUAGCUGAGGUGGGCUAACUUUAGUUAGCUGGUUAGCUAUGUUAGCUUAGCUAGCGACCCAACACAAAGCCAGGGAAUGAGAGGAGUUUAGGUUACCGUCCACGUCCUCCUGCCUACUGCUUCUCUUUAGCAGCUUCUCCUGGAGCUACAUAGCUAGGCUAUGCUGUUGAGAGGCCAGGCCGAGAGGAGGCUUGCUCUUCUGGGCGAGACUCUUUAUUGUAGCUAACUAAGUGCGUUGGUUCAGUUACAGUUAGCUAAGCUAAGCUAGCUAACUGUAACUAGCGCCUGGGUUAACCUACCUAUCAGCUGCCUCUCAGAAGUCAGUCAGCUAAGAAGCUAGGCUAUAGCUCAGUCAGUGCCUUCUUCACCAUGUCUGACCCAAGUUGCUGGAGUGGAGUAACGAGCAGCAAGCCCCACUUUGUCACUGGAGCAAUGCUGAAACGCUCCAAAAGUUGCCGCAGCAGUAACAGGAAAAGUCUUGGCGUCGGGACGCCGUCACCUACACGCCCUCUCUCCCCCCUCUCAGUCCACACAGCUGCCAGCAGCCCUCUAGACAGUCCCAGAAAUGUGUCAGCCAUCGCUUCUCUUAACUUCCCUUUCGCCCGCAGCCACCUGGCUCGAGCUGACAGAGCGGAAGGUAGACGGUGGUCACUGGCCUCUCUUCCAUCAUCUGGCUAUGGCACCAAUCCCCCCAGCUCCACUGUCUCUUCUUCUUCCUCCUCCCAAGAACGCUUGCACCAGCUUCCAUUCCAGCCCACACAGGACGAGCUCCACUUCCUGUUUAAACACUUCCGUAGCUCUGAGAGCAUGACUGAUGAGGAUGGCCGACCUUCAUCACUCAUACGCCCACGGUCCCGUAGUCUUAGUCCUGGAAGAACAAGUGGCUCAUUUGACAAUGAAACUGUGAUGAUGAAUCAUGUUUACAAAGAAAGAUUUCCAAAGGCUACGGCUCAGAUGGAGGAUCGCCUCCUGGACAUCGUCAGGCAGUGCUCCCCAGACAGCACAUUACCUCUGGGAGAUGGAGUACUGGGCUUCAUUCAGCACCAGCUGGUAGAGCUGGUCAGAGACUGCUUGGACAAGUCUCACAAAGGCCUGGUCACCUCCCUCUACUUCCUAGAGCUGCAGGAGAAAUUGGAGAAGCUGCUGCACGAGGCACUGGAGCGUUCAGAGAGCGAGGAGGUUACAAUCAUCACCCAGCUCGUGAAGAAGAUUCUCAUUAUUAUAUCCCGCCCUGCAAGACUCCUGGAAUGUCUGGAGUUUGAUCCUGAGGAGUUCUAUCAUCUGCUGGAGGCGGCAGAGGGCCAUGCUAAAGUUGGUCAAGGCAUCAAAACCGACAUUCCCCGGUACAUCAUCAACCAGCUGGGCUUGAAUCGAGACCCUUUAGAUGAAGUGAGUCAGCUAGAGGAACACUAUGAUUCUGGACCCUCUCUCAGUGUGGAAACUGAAGACUCUGAGUUUCAGCCGAAUAAGUCUGUGCUCACCCCGCCACGAAGGAAACCCCUGGAGAGUGACUUUGAAACCAUAAAGCUGAUCAGUAAUGGAGCUUAUGGGGCUGUGUAUCUGGUGAGGCACAAAGAUACCCGCCAGCGGUUUGCAAUGAAGAAGAUUAACCGGCAGAACCUGAUCCUGAGGAAUCAGAUCCAGCAAGUGUUUGUGGAAAGAGACAUCCUGACAUUUGCAGAGAACCCAUUUGUUGUCAGCAUGUUCUGUUCAUUUGAGACGCGCAGGCACCUUUGCAUGGUGAUGGAAUAUGUGGAAGGUGGAGACUGUGCCAAUCUGCUGAAAAACAUGGGUCCACUUCCAGUUGAUAUGGCCCGGCUGUACUUUGCAGAGACUGUUCUGGCUUUGGAAUACCUUCACAGCUAUGGCAUAGUACACAGAGAUCUCAAACCUGACAACCUCUUGAUAACCUCGAUGGGGCACAUUAAGCUGACAGACUUUGGCCUCUCCAAGAUUGGCUUGAUGAAUAUGACAACUAAUCUCUAUGAAGGCCACAUUGAGAAAGACACCAGGGAGUUCAUUGACAAACAGGUCUGUGGCACACCUGAGUACAUCGCACCAGAGGUUAUUCUGCGACAGGGUUAUGGGAAGCCUGUAGACUGGUGGGCAAUGGGAAUCAUCCUGUACGAGUUUCUCGUGGGCUGUGUGCCAUUUUUUGGAGACACUCCAGAAGAACUUUUUGGCCAAGUAGUCAGUGAUGAUAUUAUCUGGCCAGAUGGAGAUGAUGCUUUACCAGUGGAUGCCCAGGACAUGAUUACACGUUUACUGUGGCAAAGUCCACUUGAAAGGCUUGGAACAGGAGGAGCAACAGAGGUCAAACAGCACACAUUUUUUACACGUCUUGAUUGGAACAGCCUGCUGCGCCAAAAAGCUGAAUUUAUCCCACAGUUAGAAGGAGAAGAUGACACCAGUUAUUUUGACACACGAUCUGAUCGGUACCAUCACUUGGGCUCUGAUGAAGAUGACGAAACCAAUGAUGAAGAGUCUUCUCUUGAAAUUCGCAGAUUUUCUUCAUGGUCUAAUCGCUUCAGCAAGGUUUAUAGCAGCACAGAAUAUUUGGCCACCCCAUCAAACCUGAGUUUCUCUUCUGACCGGAGUCACAGUGAAGAGCAUGAGGACCGCACCGAUGGCCGUGAGAGCCACUCCCCCUGCGAGAUGCGCAGGCAGAGCAGCACAGGGGCGCAGGACAGCAGAAGACUCUCAGGACAGAGAGCAUGCCUGCGUCCACGAGCCUCGUCCAGCUCCUCACAGUCUGACAGAUGUGUCAGCCCUCUGGUGGUGAGCAGCACACACAGCCUAGAGGCCAUGCCACGCUUUGCGCUGUCUACAGACGAUGAAGCUGAGGUGGUUGUAUCCAACUUGCGGCGGAUCAGACUGCGUAGCAACAGUACAGGAACGAAGCACUCAUCUCCAAGGGAACAUAGCAGUCCACGGUGCUUUGGCAACCAACUUGAGACCCCUGACAGACAGCGUCUCUCUCCAGGGGGCAAAGUGCCAAAAUCAGCCUCCAUAUCAACACUGUCCCUCAUCAUUACUCCUGACUAUCCAGAAGAUUCAAGUGGAGGUCUUCAGCCCAGCCCUAUUUCCCCACACUCCAUCUCCUCCAACCCUUCUUCCCGAGAUUCAUCUCCAAAUCGAGACCUGUCCCUCAGCAUCAGCUGCCUGCGUCCACCCAUCUUUAUUCACAGCUCGGGCAAGAAAUACGGAUUCACCCUGCAGACCAUCCGCGUCUAUAUGGGCAACAGUGACAUCUAUACCAUCCACCAUAUGGUCUCGAGUGUGGAGGAAGGCAGUCCUGCGCAUGAGGCUGGCCUGAGAGCUGGAGAUCUAAUCACCCACGUGAAUGGAGAGUCAGUGCAGGGCCUGGUGCACACAGAAAUGAUGGAACUGCUCCUCAAGAGUGGUAACAAGGUGGCUUUGCAAACCACUGCCCUCGAGGACACGACCAUUAAGGUUGGGCCAGCACGCAAAACAAGCUGCAAGGGCAAGAUGGCUCGCCGCAGCAAGAGGAGCAAGAGAAAGGAUAAUCAGGACCGGCGGCGAAGUGUGUUGAAGAAGCUGUCCAAGCAGAGUACUGUGAUGCACAGCAGUCGCAGCUUCUCCUCUGGACUUCAUCACUCUGUAUCCUCCAGCGAGAGUCUGCCCGGCUCCCCCACACACAGCUUGUCCCCAGGCCCUUCCACGCCCUGCCGCAGCCCUGUCCCAGAUCACUGCGCUGAUGCAAACCUCCCCCAGAGUGCCUCGCCAUGCUCCAGCUCCCCUAGUUCCCCCGCUGUCCAGAUGAGGCCGAGCUCCCUGCACGGCCUAGGGCCCAAACUGAGCGCCCAGCGCUACACUAAAGUGGGCCGUCGCAAGUCUACCAGCAGCAUCCCUCCCUCUCCCUUGGCCUGCACCUCCUCGCCCCAGGCUCUGUCACCACAGCACUCUCCUUCACCCUUGCCCAGCAUCACCAAGACUCUUCACUCCUUCCACGGGAAGACCCUGUCGCCCCCGACCAUCGUCCGGCACGGAGUCCGCCCCCGCAGCACCGAACACCCGGUCUCCCCGCUGCUGAAACGAGUGCAGUCUGCCGAGAAGCUCUCUGGGGUUUUCCACGGAGACAAAAAGUCCCACGGCCCACGCAGACACACUCUGGAGGUCCCUCACUGCGAGAUGGAGGGGGGCGGAGACUCCGGGGAGACGGACGGGUCUUACCAAAUUGACCACGUCCGUCUGGUCGGGUCGAAGCUGCGCGACUGGCCUGGAGAGCGCAUGGAGCAGAUCGUAGUGAUGCGGAAACUGAAUCUGUCUGAGCGCCGUGACUCUUUUAAAAAGCAAGAGGCCGUGCAGGAGGUGAGUUUCGAUGAGCCGGACGACCAGACGAGGGCCGGUCAGACCCCCACCACGACCACCAUGACUUCCACGCCCACCGCAGGAGCCCGACCCAAACACAGGGCCGAGUGGAUGGUGGUUUCAGCGGACUCGCAGUCUAUGGAAGAUUGUACGCUUAUAAGAGUCCCUCUGGUGCCUCAGAUCGCGGUGCAGGGCUCUGAGAGCGAAGAGCUGGAGGACUGGCAGCCGUGUUCCGACGACGGCGACGAGGACGAGGGGAAAAGCUCCGAGGUGAAUUCAACAGAGGACUCUCAGACAGAAAGUGCCUGCUCUUCUUCUAUAAAGGCAUCGGACAGUUGGUCAGCUGAAGUGUCCAAGUGCACGCCUCACAGUGCAAACACAGAAGCCUCAAACACGAGUCCAACCAAGGGGAAACCCAAAGAAAAGUGACUGAGUAAAUGAGUGAAAAAGUGGGGAAUGUUGAUGUCAUCAUUCUAAAAGUCCUUGUCCUGCUCUAAAGCGCAGGUCAGCAAGUGGUCUAUGAUGCCCACCACAUCUUCGUGCUGCUGCAGAAUGAUUUCUCGAGUCUUCUCAGAGUGUUCAGAGCUCAGAGAGCAGCUUGGGUUGGAAUGGUAGUUAGCUUUUUGUAUAUUUAAUUUGAAAAUGAAGAUAGAUUUUUUUACAGGGAAUAUUUAUAACCUUUUUUUAACGCGUGUUAGAAUCCUAACACAGGCGAAAAAGAAACCGGGUGGUAACCAUCAAGUCUUUCAACCGGGCAGUGAGGGGAAAAGACUUGACUUCACGAGACUUUUCUACGAAUUGUCUUUUUAGGCAGAAUGUUUAUGCUAAGGAUGGUUGGGUACGAGGAGGAGGCAAGUCAUUUAAGGUCGGUGAGGGCUAAAGAAACACAGGCACACGCCUAAUUGAUCAGUUCUUUCCAGUCAUAUAUUAGUUAUUUUAAAAAACUAAGCCAGCUUGUCAGUGUUUCCGCUCAUAACCGGCUAAUCUAGUGUCCGUUCGUAUGGCUUUGUUCUCCCAGUUUUACAAAGUAAGUUUUCACCAAGUACACUUCGUUAUGCACCCUCUGGCCACACUUCGGUAAUGUAAGCGUUUUUCGGCUCAGGGUUUCUUGGCUGUUGGGAUUUCAAUGUUCACUUCACUUUUGGAAACGACAUUAGACACAUUAGCAGUAGUGUUCAAUAGUUUCUAUGUUUGUACAGAGUUACAAGUUACGUUCACUGGAUAUUGUGGUGCAGCAGAGUUAACACAUAGAUGUAGUGACAUUUUUACCAUCCUUUUAUUUUUUAAAAAGAUACACACAUAAACAUAGCCUGACAGAACUGUCUUGGGUACAUUCAUGUUGCUAUUGAAAGCUAUGCGAACUGGAGUACAGCAGUGCAUUUCUGCAUUUCCAUGGUUGAACUUGAAAAUUUACCUCCAGCAGGUGUCAGAGUUUUUUUUAGUUUUUUUGUUUUUUUUUUGUCUUAAAGACGACUAGUUGCAGUUGUGUGGUCAUGUAUUCAUUCCUAAUACAGGAUUUAAAACAGAAAGUGUUCAUAUAAAAUACAAACUUACAAUAUGUACUUAUUCAACUUUCUUUAAAACAUCCAGCCAGAAAAAAAAACUUUUUUACAUAACUUCUCACUUGUUUUUUUUUUUGUUUUUUUUUUGUUUUUUUAAAGAAGUAACUUGAGAUGCUUAAGUUUUGCAUGUAAUUUAUAAUGUGGUUUUCAAGCCAUACCGUCUGAGUUAUCUGACUACCUUAUGGUAUGACGCAAUGUUUACAUUUUUUUAAUCAACUUUAAUUUCUAUUGUGCACAGGCUCAAUCUAUAUAUGCCAUGUAUUUUUAGUUUUUAACCUGCUCUUACCUACUGAACGCUCAGUAGGCCUAUGUGUGAAACGCACACAGUGUGGGAGCAAUGCACAAGAGGGAGCCUGAAGCUUACUGUAAAGGUUUAGUGUUAAGAGGAAGUCGGUCAGUGACUCCAUCUCAAUUUUCUCCAGUCUAGAACUGGAUUUUGCCGUUUGUGUGUUCAGCAGAGAACUUCUGAAAAGGCUACUAGGUUUUAUUUUCUGAUUUUGAAAAAGAUUCAAAGAAAAAAGGAGAUUUCUCUUUUACGAUUUCAGAAAACCCGAAGGACAGUAUUCUAAUUGCAUGGUACGCAAGUUGUUUUGAUAUGCUAAUGUUGUUGUUUUUCUUACUAAAAGUUUACUGAAUAAAGAUGAGAGAGAGAAGGAGCACGAGGUCAACAAAAGAGGUCAACAAAACUUUUUUUUUUUAAUGAUUAAAAUCUUACUAUCUUAAUGAUAAACCACUUUUGAAGUCUCUGUAAUCCUGUUCUGUUCUAGUACAUACUUGCAUCUUGCAACUAUAUUUGGUGCUACUUGGAUCUGUAAUGCAUUCCAUGUUUAACAGUAGUUAAUAUCUUCUUUUGUUUUCCCUAUAAAGGCUAAUUUUGAGACCUUUCUAUAUUUGCAUGCUGCAUGUACUUUAUAGUGAGCACACAACAAAUGCUCGCAUGGCAUUCUCGGUGCAAUACGUGUCUCUUGGUGCGGUCAAUGGAAGCCUAUGACUUUCCGUAAUACUUGCAGUGAAUUUGAUCGUAAUCUCGGUUUCAAUAAUCUUUGAACGUUAUUUGCGCACUCUGUUGUGAAUAUAAAGUGUUUGGUCUUUCCUAACUCACUCCGUAGCACCUGAACUUGUUUUUAAAACAUGUGCUGGGGUUCAGGGUUUAAAAAAUUGGAUUAAAAAAAAAAAAAAAAAAAACGUUAAAAUUUUAGCUUUGUUUUAUCCCUUUCUGAUCUGGUCAAAAAUGAAGUUUGAAUGUUCUGAAGCUGACCAGCAAAUCCUGUUUUUGUACCUUUAUAUGCAAUAGUGAUGUUCCUCUUCCUCCGUUUCUUGAUAUCUAUCAGGAUUGUUGGUUUCUGGUCUGUGCUGGUUUGGGAAAAAACACAAAAAACUUUUAUAUAUAUUUUGUAAUGUUGUUAUACCUGUUUGCCAGCCUAAUCAAUGUUUUGUAAUAAAUAAUGUGUUGGCUCUUAACAGUAA